GCGGGGAUAGGGGCGGGGCCAGCUCUGGCAGAGCGGUGGCCGCCCAGCAAGCCCGCGGCGGCGGUGAGCUGGUCAAACCGAGCGAUGCUGCCCUGGACCGCGCUCGGCCUGGCCCUGAGUCUGCAGUUGGCGCUUGUCGGGAGCCGCGCCGAGCUAGGCCUGCCGAUGCCAGCCCCCAUGGGGGACCUGAUGUUCCUGCUGGACAGCUCAGCCAGCGUGUCUCACUACGAGUUUUCCCGAGUUCAGGAGUUUGUGGGGCAGCUGGUGGCCCCACUACCAUUGGGCCCUGGGGCACUGCGUGUCAGCCUGGUGCAUGUGGGCAGCCAGCCACACAGGGAGUUCCACUUCGGGCAGCAUAGCUCUGGCCCGGCCGUCCAGGAUGCUGUGCGGGCUGCCACCCAGCGCAUGGGCGACACCAACACCGGCCUGGCGCUGGCCUACGCCAAGGAGCAGAUGUUUGCUGAGUCAGCAGGGGCCCGGCAAGGGGUUCCCAAGGUGCUGGUGUGGGUGACAGAUGGUGAUUCCAGCGACCCUGUGGGGCCCCCCAUGCAGGCACUGAAGGAGCUGGGGGUCACUAUCUUCAUUGUCAGCACCGGUCGAAGCAACCUGCUGGAGCUGUCAGCUGCAGCCUCAGCCCCCGUGGAGGAGCACCUGCACUUUGUACACGUGGACGACCUGCACAUCAUCGCCCAGCAGCUCAGGACCACUAUCCUUGAGGCCAUGCAGCCGCAGCAGCUCCACGCUUCCGAGGUUACGUCCAGGACAGUCCGCCUGGCCUGGCCGCAGCUGCUGACAGCAGACUCGGGCUACUAUGUGUUGGAGCUGGCAGGCAGCUCGGAGCCAGGAAGCCCGCGUCGCCAGCAGCUGCCGGGCAACGCCACGGGCUGGACCUGGGCCGGCCUGGAGCCGGACACCAACUACGACGUGGCGCUGGUGCCUGAAUCCAAUGAGCGCUUUGUGCGGCCACAGCACCUGCGGGUGCGCACGCUGCCAGAGGAGACCGAGGAGGCCGGGCCCGAGCGCAUCGUUGUCUCGCACGCCAAGCCGCGCAGCCUCCGCGUGAGCUGGGCCCCGGCGCUGGGCCCCGAUGUCGCGCUCGGCUACUACGUGCAGGCUGGGCCGCUCCGGGGCGGCGCGGCUCAGCGCCUGGACGUGCCUGCGGGCCACAACAGCACCGUGCUGCAGGGCCUGGCGCCCGCCACCGCCUACCUGCUCACCGUCACCGCCGUCUUCCGCUCCGGCCGCGAGAGAGCGCUGUCGGCCAAGGUCUGCACGCCCGACGGCCCGCGCUGCCGCGCCCCGCGCCCCAUGACUCUGCCCGGGGCCCGAGAGCCUUGACUGGCGCCCCGCCCUCCGAGCCCGGAGCGGGUGGCGCCCACCACGGAGUCAGGGCUCUGCCCUGGGGGAGGGUCGCGGGCCUGGCGUCUGCCCCGCUUAAGCAGGCCUGUGUCCCCGACAAUGGCAGGGGACUGAGCGAGAGCUAGCGUCAGGUCGAGGGGACGUGGGCCAGCAGACCGAAGAUAUUGCUAGGAGGUGGAUGGGGAUGCGGGGAGUCUGCUCUGCCCGGGUCUCAAAGCUCCUCUCCCGGCCAGAAACCCACAGAGGUUGGGCAGGGUACUGGGAGCUGGACGCACAGCCUGUGAUCGCCCAUCCCCGUGCUGUCCACCAGGCGGCGUACCGGGCUGGGGGCGGUGCCUGCAGGGAUCCUGAUCCUUGGCUCUGCCCGGGAAUGCAGGGAGCCCUGCUCACAGCAGCUGGGAUGCGCAUGCCCCUGCUGGAGGGCUUGUCCCAGAGCCUGGCACCCCAGCGUGGCGUCAGGCCUCUGCCCGGGUGACCCCAGGCUAGGACUGUGGGGCCUCCUGCUUCUGCUUAUAUCCUCGCAGGGAUGGGGUAGCGUGCUUACCCUGGGCAAGUCCACCUGCAGCAUCUUCUGAAGACCACCUGUCAAUACUUAACUGCUCUGGAGCCACCAGAUGUCCCGAGGAUAGGAAGUACCCGGCUGCACUUGUUCAACACGCACUUUUCCCUUCUUCCCACUAACACCCAAAUUAAAAUAAACCAACCAGAUGUCAACCAG